AUGUCCAUCGUAUUUGGAAAGUUUCCUAUACCAUUCCACCAAGUCUUCUGGAAAGGGCAAUAUUGCUAUGCAAUGGUCAAUCUCAGACCUAUCAGGCCAAACCAUAUUCUAGUCUGCACACUUAGACCAGUGUCGAGAUUUUCAGACUUGAAUGCAAAUGAGCUGAAGGAAAUGAUGAAGGCUUCUGCAAUUAUUUCAAAACAACUGACCAGGGGUGUAAGCUCGAUUGCCAUACAAGACGGUCCUGAGGCAGGGCAAAGCGUAGAUCAUGUGCAUGUUCAUAUAAUUCCAAGGGAAGCUGGAUCUGUUUUAAAAGUGGAUAGUGAUAGAGGAGAUAGGACUGAUGUAGAAAUGGCGAGCGAAGCAGCGUAUCUUAGGCAAUAUUUAAAUUUAGAUGCGUAUAUGUAA